AUGGCGAUGAAAUACGUGGCCGCUUACCUCAUGAAUGUACUGGGCGGAAAGGACUCUCCCUCCGCCGCAGACGUGAAGCGGACCCUGCAGGCAGUGGGUGCCGAUGUGGAUGCAGAAGUCCUCGAUACCCUUAUCAAGGCUAUGCAGGGAAAGACCGUUCAUGAGGUGAUUGCCGCGGGAAUGGAGAAGCUGCAGAAGGUCCCCACCGGAGGCGCUGCCGCUGCUCCGGCGGCGGCUGCUGGCGCUGCUGCUGGAGGCUCCAGCGAGCCUAAGGAAGAGAAGAAGGAGGAACCUGAGGAGGAGGAAGAUGCGGAUAUGGGUUUCUCCCUCUUCGACUAA